ACCCAAAGAGGAAGUAAACAGCAUUGGUUGCUAGCGAAGUUGUUCGUUUAGGUGCACAGCCUGAUUCGCUCGCUCCUGUACCCUGCUCGCUGAUUGGUCAUGUAAGCGUAUAUAAGUGUGUAGACUUGCGGAAAUAAAGAGAGAGAAGAUGCAUCGGAACCAGGGUUCUUGUCGUCCUUGCGGGGCGAGGGCGAUAAAUGGCGCCGGCACCCGGGAACUAAAUAAAGGAAUCUUGCAAGGUAAUCCGCAGGAAAGCGGGGAGUAAAGGUCCGCAGGAAAAGGAGGCUCCAAUUUGGAUCCCAGAGCGGCUGGUGCGUGCAGCCUUGCCUCCAAACACCAGUCAUGAUGCUGAAGAUGCUGAUGAUAAUUCUAGGGAUGCUACACCUUCUGCGGCAGACUCAAGCCAGAGAGCUGUGAGCAGUGGUUAAAGCAUGGCCAUAUCCUUUACCAGUAACUAACUCUUCUCUCAUAUUCCCUCCUCUCCCUUUGAUGCAUGGCAGGUCUGUAACCGCUAGGAGCAUAUACUGAUAUCUCAGCAGUGUCCAUGUUAAAUGGUGGCAAGUUCCUCAACUGUUCUUAUAAACAAAAUGACUCUAGUACCUUUGAGACAACAGUUAAUGUGUCUUGUCCCAAUAAUAUUACUUAUCAGCCCACUCCCAUAUGGGUCUCUCCACCAUUCCUUUUCCUCGUAACAAAUGCUAGCGAGCUGAAUGAUACAUUGAAUUGCACUAAGAAUUGCUAUCUUUCCCAGUGCUGGAAUGUCACGGCCUUCAAGCUGGCUGUGAUUAUGCGUAUCCCUGCCCAUGUUCCUAUCCCAGUUUCCAUUCCAGAGGACAAGUUACCGGUGGUGCUAUCCAGAAAGAAGAGAGAUUCUGGUAUCACAGCCGCCGUUGUGACAGCAUUGGCUAUAUCUACAGCAGCAGCCACGGCAGCAGCAGUCUCGCUUGCUGCAACUAUACCCACUGCGGAAGCUGUGAACACUCUUGCAGAAGGAACGGCGGCUGCCCUUCAAACACAGACUCAGAUCAAUGCACAUCUGCAAGCAGGAAUCCUGAUAGUCAACCAGAGAGUGGAUUUGGUUCAAGAACAAGUGGACAUAUUGGGAGCCCUAUUGGGACUGGGAUGUAUAGUACCCUUCCUGGCAAUUUGUGUAACUCCCAUCGCCUAUACUAAAAUGAGUGACUUACAGAAUGUCUCCCGACAGCUCUCCCAAUACUUGCGGGGGAAUUAGUCCGCAGAAUUCCAAAACUAUACUCAGCACCUGCUACUAGGCAUAACAAGGAUAAAUAACACCAGAGUUGAGCUUGCAACCCUC